AUGUGCCUUGUGUCUCCACAACGUCUGUCUGGGACUAGCGAUCUGUCUAUUGUGCCAGUUCUGUCAAUUUUUGACAUUUACAAUUACUUAAUUACUUUCAAUAACUAUGAUCACGCCUCCCUAAGGGCAUAUCACCAGUUUGAGGGAUAUUCUAUGUUCCGAGAUGGCUAUACACGAGGUAUUGAGACGGUGCCAUAUCCCAAUACUGCCUUUGUUGCUGUGAAAGCCAAUGUGAAACCCCAGACGAAUGAUAAAGAUCCAAUAUCCAAGAGAGGCUACUACAGCUGUUGGAUCAUGAUGAAGAACAGUGACGAGGGAUCCAUUCAAUCUGCUUAUUGCAGUUGCAAAGGAGGCAUUGAUGGAUGCUGUCGACAUGUUGUGGCAACCCUCUUCGAAGUCCUUGACUUUGUAAAAGACUUCAAGAAGACCAGCUGUACUUCAGGGCCAUGUAUGUGGGUUCGGCGUGCUUCUCAGGCCAAUCAACUUGGCAAACCUAUUCCUGCCUCACAACUUGAGACUUCAAUUAUGGUGGAGCCCAGCACACAGACAGCAAUGCCACUGUAUUCGCCAUUGUCUGACGAGUAUCCAGUGCCUGAUCCUAAGGAUUUCCUUGAAAAAGUGAAAACUCAUCAACCAACAGCCUGCGGAUUACGUGCCAUAGAAUGA